GUUCACAUAGCAGAACAAUCACGGUGCUGCGAAUAAGGUCUCUGACGUCAUGAGGUUGACGUCAAACAGAGUGUUGUCUUUCGCACUGUCGCCGCAUGUUACCUUUUAAUCGCUGUAUUUCUGAGUGGUUUGACAAGUGCGAUGUGUUCGUAGGUUAAGCGACGUAGCUUCUUUACUAACGUCAUGGAUGAACAGAACAUCCUGACGGUGAGUUUGCGAUGAACGCCAAAUCCCGAGCUUCACCCUCCUCUGAAGUUCACUACCAGAAUGCUGUCAAAGUCACAACGAUUGUUUCUCGGAUUCAUCAUCUUGCUUCUUGUUGAUAUUAUUUGGGUUGCAUCUUCAGAAAUCACUAAGUUUAUCUACAAAAAUGCAGACUACGAGAAACCAUUCUUCAGUACUUAUCUCAAAACAUCUAUGUUUACAAUAUACCUUCUUGGCCUGUGUUUCUGGCCUCAGUGGCGGGCUCAGCUUGAGAAACCUCCGGUUUCCUAUCAGUUGUUGGAUCCAGUUGCAGAUGAGGAAAGUUUUUAUACAGAAGCAACCAGUAGUUUGAGUGAUUCAACAUUUGUACCCAUUAAGUAUGCUGAUGGAAGUGACAGAGGUUCUGGCAAUGACUCAGGAACAGAUACUGGAAAUGAUGCCUCCUCUCGCUCUGUCCGUUUUAGUAAGCUUGCAGAGGUGAAGCAAAUGUCUGAGGAAGGCGCUAUGGAGGCACUUCUUGCACGCUUGUCAUACCAGGCCACUCUCAGAGCAGGGGAAGCAGCCAAGAGGGCAGCCAACCGUUUUCCUGUUCACCGUGUUGCCAAAAUUGCUUUUAUUUUCUGUAUACUGUGGUUUCUGGCUAAUUAUACAUACCAAGUGGCUCUAGCUCACACAGAGGCGGGUAUGGUGGCUCUGCUUUCUUGUACAUCUAGCCUAGCAACAUUGUUAUUAGCUGCUGCAUUUCCAGCAAACCAAGGAGAUCAUUUUACUCUUUCAAAAUUCGUUGCUGUUUGUAUGAAUCUAGUUGGAUUGGUUUUGGUAUUUAUGGCAGACCACUCGUUUGAAGCUACUAUACCUAUGGGAGGUCUCUUAGCAUUGAUAAGUGCUUGCUUUUACGCCAUGUAUUUGGUAUUUCUUAGGCGGAAAGUAGAUAAUGAAGACAAAAUGGACAUCCCCAUGUUUUUUGGAUUUGUAGGACUUUGGAAUCUUCUAUUGUUAUGGCCAGUAUUUUUCUUACUGCACUAUACAAAUUUAGAAAAGUUUGAAUGGCCUAAUCAACGACAAUGGGCAUAUCUUCUCUUAAAUGGCAUCAUAGGAACUGUCAUCUCAGAAGCACUUUGGUUGUGGGGAUGUUUUCUUACUUCCUCCCUCAUCGCAUCUGUUGCCAUGAGCCUUACUGUGCCUAUGACGAUGUUUGCUGAUGUAGUUUUAAAACAGGUUCACUAUUCUGUGAUUUUGUAUUUGGGUGCUCUACCCGUUUGUUUUGCAUUCUUGGCAAUACUUCUCCUUGCUCAUUGGGAGAAUUGGGAUCCUUUAGGAGAAUGCUUACGCCGAUUAUGUUCUCGUGUAUUCUGCUGCCGAGUAGGAUAUUCACACAACAGAGCAAUAAGAAUGCCAGAUUGCGAAAGUGAGCAACAGGCUUUGAUUGGCAUCAACGAUGGAGAUCAUGAGGCAUAAGCCAACAUCGUUAAUUUUUUGUGAUGGAUUUAUUUAUUAUUCCAUUCAGACAAAAUUUGUAAUCAGAUUUAUUGUCAGUCAUGAGCAACAACUGUGUUUCUGGCAGGUCUGCAGAUUCUUUACUUCUUAUCCUGUGAUGAAUUUUACCUUUAGUGUACCCCAACAUAGCAACCAUAUUUCCUUCUUCAAUUCUAAAUAUUGAAAUGCUCUUCAUCUGUUAAGAUAAGUUUUAAACUUGAAACCAGAAAUAUUUCCUCAAUUAAGAAAACAUUGUCUUGCUCUUUUUAUGAAGGUGCUGUGUAUUGCAUAUUAGAACUGUAUAGAAUUUACACUCCUUGCACUGGUGAGACUAUUUCACAUGAGACUAAGUACUGAUGAGAGUUUAAGUGGACUGUGCUUUUCAAGCAAUGUGUACAUUGUGGGGAAGGUUAUGCCUGCUCCUUAAGCAUGUGCCAUUUUAUGUUCCUUUUUUAGAUACUAACAUUGUCCUUUUUCAUACAUUCCUUCAAAUGUAAAAAGUGGAUUUUCUAAUCUUAAGAACCUUUUUGUUAUAUCUGGAGACAGUGAGUGUCAAAAUCAACAAAAGUCAUGUUUCUUAGAUAAAUUUUGUCUUCCUUAACAAUGUAAUUGACUGUUUGGAAAUGCUAGAACUCAAAAGUCAAAGUCAAAUUCUUGGCAUUGGCAUUGUUAUUCCCCCCUUACAAUGUGAUCUUCAAACACAAUCUGUGAAUGAUCUCCUUUCUAAGAGAGUAGUACUCUCAUUUGUUGCGGUUGUCAGUAGUACGUAUUCACUACUAUCAGUAUUUUACUUCAAAAGACAAACAAUAAUUUGGAAAGUUAAAAAACAGCACAUGAAAUAAUUUUCUCUAGGGAGGAUAUUGUAUAGAUAUGUAUGAGCUCUUUUACCAACUAUUAGUUUUGUUGAUUGGUCCAAAUGGAGUGAAGUAUGAAAUUAUGGUUCAUUCUGUCUGUGUUAAAUUUUGUAAAUGUUAGAGAGAAAUAUUUAGGUAUAGGUAUUAUUCAUGCGAGCCCUUUUCUUGCCCAUAGUAAUAAGUUUAGAAACCAAAGUCUAAAGUAAUUUUUUCUGGUCUUCUAAAGUAAACUUCUCAGAAAGCAAAAUGGUUGUGUAUCAAUUUCUUGUUACUACAGUGUUAUGGAUUUCUAGUAAAGGACCUCUUCAGUGGUUUCUAUAUUCUCAUGAAAGAACUUUUUACAGUAAACAUUCCUGAGCUUAUCCAAUUACCUCCAUGUUGAAAUAGGCCUACCAUUGAUUUAAUUGGUUGUGCAGGUAGUACAUAAUAUAUUCUCAGAACAUUUCUGGAGAGAGAGUUCCAUAGUUCCCUCAUUUUUAAUUAGGACUGUAUCAGAUAGAUCUCUUGUUACCAUUCUUAGUUAAAGCUGUUGUUGGACAGUAUUCAUCCUGAUUUGUUUGGUAGUUAUUGUUUUAUAUCUACAGUGAAGGAAAAUAGUAUAUUGGUAUCAAACAUGUUUUAGGCAAAUUGGGCAAAUGUAUUAACAUUUAUCUCUUGACUAGUCUCUUACGAAUUAAUGUGAUUACUAUAUUUUUGCUUACUAGGGUUUACUAUGAGUAUUACUUGUAAGUAGAGUAGAUAUUGAUGACGGCAAACGGACCAGUGAUCUAUUGAAUUCAAUAAUUUUUUUUUUCUUUGUCUGUAUUCUAUUGUGUUAUAAAUUGUUUGUUUUUGUUGUUGUUAAGGUGUUCUUCUGCAUAAUUUUAUACUUACCUAGUAGAAUUGUUUCUUAUAGGUGGUCUAACUAAUCUUGAUUAGGAAAAUGGUUUUGUUGCAGUAUAUCAACAUCCUUUGGACCAAAGUACUUUAUUCAAAUAAAUGACUCAUUAAAAUGUU